AUGUCGUCCCCAAUGCUCGCCAUCAAGCAUAACCGCACUGCCGAGAAAUCUGAGGCAGUACCAAAUUUGCUCCCAUGCCGUGUCCAUCACACAGGGUCCGUCGACCCUGUCGCGUCAUUUUGGAAUCCAAACGAAACAGAAGGUGCAAAUAAAACUGCGUAUUUUCGUGGAAGAAAACUUCAAAGCAAGACGGUGCUUCUUCCCGAGCGAUAUCGAGGCGCCAUUGUUGAACGCGAGGCUGCCAGUAAGGGCGAGAGACAACCAGUCUACAAUGGACACGAGGACGAACAGGCCGAGUCUCCGGCAACGGAAAACAUGGUCCUCACUGCCCAUUUCGACAAGAUGGAGGUUUGGUCCCACGACGCCGUUUCCGACUCGGCAUCCGACCCGUACCAGAGGGCCAUCGAGGAGUGGCUGGGAGUAGCCGAGCAGAUUCAUUCAUAUCCCAACCAAGUCGACACGAACAGUUCGGAAAAGCGACGAAGCGAUCAGCACGGCAAGAAUGCGGGCCAAAUAUGGCUUUGCGUGGCCUCCGAAAGCGCCAUGAGCGGAACACGAGGCAUUCACAAUGAGCAUGCCACGCCAACUCGCUCACUUCGCCGAGAAACAAACGGCCUUGGAAGUCAGCUGCUCAAAGCCGUCUCCCUUCCGUUGCGUCGUCAGGAGGAUACGACUCUUGCCAUGGCUGCCUCGAGCGAAGCCGGCUACAUGAUGUCGGACGCGCCGUCGAUGCUUCCGGCAGCACAGAAACGUCCUCUCGAAUUCCCAUCUUCCUCUUCAGCCCGGCCCCGCGGCCCGCCGUCGGAGAACCCUGGAGCGCCCAGCGAGGAUGGAGGGGAUGGCUUCGCCGAUGACCAAGUCCCCAGGAGCUCACGCAUACCCGACGCUGCCAAUAUUCCCCGCGUCGAGGACAGGAUCGGAUCGCUCGUCCAGGAGCACUUUGAGGCAUUUAUCGAGAGCUUCAUCGAGGAUCCUCUCUCCUCGGGCGCACCGACGUCGAGUGCCGCCACGACGGACAAGUACUACGUUGCCCAGAUCAAAGGAAUGCGUAGCCUGCAGCUCUCCACCUUUUACAUCGACUACAAGCAUCUUGCGUCGUGGGAGAACGGCAGUCUGGCCGAUGGCGUCAUGCGCCAAUAUUACCGAUUCCAGCCCUUCCUCACCGCGGCCCUCCAUAACAUGAUCGCCAAGUACGAGCCCCAGUACUUUCGCGAGCAUCGUCAGCCCACAGCCUCGAGCAACUGGACUUCCUCGGGCGCCAGCCAAGUCGGCUCCACGAGCCGUGGCGAUUCUUCCCAUCGAAGGAACGGCCAUCAGCAGACCGACAAGCUCUUCUCCAUCGCGUUUUACAACCUCCCUCUCGUCUCCCGCGUCCGCAGCCUGCGCGCGGCCAAUAUUGGACAGCUCCUCUCCAUCUCCGGCACCGUGACGAGAACGUCGGAAGUGCGACCCGAGCUGUCCAUCGCCACCUUUGUCUGCGAGUCGUGCCGAGCCGUCGUCCCCAACGUCGAGCAGACGUUCCGAUACACGGAGCCUACGCAAUGCCCCAACCGGACGUGCUCGAACCGGGUGGCCUGGCAGUUGGACAUUCGUCACAGCACUUUUGUCGAUUGGCAAAAGGUUCGCAUCCAGGAAAACAGCUCCGAGAUCCCGACGGGGAGCAUGCCGCGAACGCUAGAUGUCAUCUUGCGAGGCGAGAUCGUUGACCGCGCAAAGGCGGGCGAAAAGUGCAUCUUCACCGGCGCCUUGAUCGUCGUCCCCGACGUCAGUCAGCUCGGCCUGCCGGGCCUGCGGCCGUCUGCCGUCCGGGACGAUCGCGCCGCUCCCCGAGGCGGCGACGCCGGCGGCAGUGCCGUCACUGGCCUCAAAGCCCUCGGCGUUCGGGACUUGACGUAUCGACUGGCAUUCCUGGCCUGCAUGGUCGUCACGGACACGACGACGAACGGUCAAUCGACCGCCAGUGGUGUGGCCGACGUCGUGAACGCCAUGACGCAGAGCAACGCCAACGACGGUGACGAGUCCGUCGAGGAGGCCCAAGCCGCCAUUCUCGCUUCCCUGAACCCUUCCGAGAUUGAAGAUCUGAGAGCCAUGGUGCACGGUCACCACAUAUACUCGCGAAUGGUGCAGUCCAUCGCCCCCAUGGUCUACGGUCACGAGGUCGUCAAGAAGGGAAUCCUUCUCCAGCUCAUGUCUGGCGUCCACAAGAAGACGGCCGAGGGUAUGCAGCUGCGAGGCGAUAUCAACAUCUGCAUCGUCGGCGACCCAUCGACCUCCAAGUCGCAGUUCCUCAAGUACGUCUGCUCGUUUGCGCCGCGAGCCGUCUACACGAGCGGCAAGGCGUCCUCUGCCGCCGGUCUCACCGCCGCCGUCGUGAAGGACGAGGAGACGGGCGAGUUCACGAUAGAGGCCGGAGCUUUGAUGUUGGCCGACAACGGUAUAUGCGCCAUCGAUGAGUUCGACAAGAUGGACAUUGGCGAUCAGGUGGCCAUUCACGAAGCCAUGGAACAGCAAACAAUCUCCAUCGCCAAGGCAGGCAUACAGGCCACGCUCAACGCGCGGACGAGCAUCCUUGCCGCCGCCAACCCCGUCGGCGGCCGCUACAAUCGCAAGACGACGCUGCGGAGCAACAUCAACAUGUCGGCACCCAUCAUGUCCCGGUUUGAUCUCUUCUUCGUCAUUCUGGACGAGUGCAACGAGCAGAUAGAUCGACAUCUUGCCGAGCACAUUGUCGGCAUUCAUCAACUGCGCGAUGAGGCAGUCACCCCCGAGUUCAGCACGGAGCAGCUUCAGCGGUAUAUUCGCUUCGCCCGCACAUUUCGACCCGAGUUCACCAAGGAAGCAAAGGAGGUGCUCGUGGAGAAGUACAAGGAGCUGAGAGCAGACGAUGCUCAAGGAGGCGUCGGCAAGAAUUCGUACCGCAUCACCGUCCGCCAACUUGAAAGCAUGAUUCGCCUGAGCGAGGCCAUCGCCAAGGUCAACUGCGUUGAUGACAUUGCCCCCGAAAUGGUAAUCGAGGCAUACGACCUUCUCCGGCAAAGCAUCAUAUCCGUCGAGCAUGAUGACGUUGAAGUCAUUGACGAGGAGGAGGAGCCGCAAGAUGGCGACUCAUUGCGUCGAGCCGCCGACGCCGCUUCUCGGGGACCCGACAACGAAGUCGCUGCCAGCGAGGAAGGACUACAGCCCGCUGGCGAAACCAGGGGGAAGCACACCAUCUCAUACGACAAAUACGUCAAAAUGGUCAACAUGUUUGUUCAGCACAUCAACGACGGCGAGAGUGGAAGCGGCGAUGGGGUGAAAGGUGAUGAGCUCUUGAGCUGGUAUCUGGAGCAACAAGAGAAUGAGCUGGAGGAUGAAGACGGUUACCAUGCCGAGAAAGCUCUCGCCAGCAUGGUCCUCAAGAAGAUGGUCAAGGACAACAUUCUCAUGGCCCUCAGAGGAGAGGGUCUUGACGCUGAAACUGCAUCGUCCCUUCCGACAAAUGUUAUCUACGUCCUGCAUCCCAACUGCGCAGUCGAAGAGUUUUGA